AUGAGGCUUUCACCAACACAAAUUAAUGAUUUUGAAAAAAAUGGUUGCCUUGUAAUUCCAAACUUUCUAAGGUUGGAUGUGGUUGAAUCUUUAAAUUAUGAGAUUGAACACCUAUAUUCCAAGUUCGACAUCAACAAGCAUCCUAUGACAAAGUUCACGACUGAGAUUAAUGGAAAGCAUAUUGGCAAUAAGUAUUUCUUGGAAUCUUCUGAUAAAAUACACUAUUUUUUUGAACCAGAUGCCUUUGAUUCCAAAAGCAUGUUGACAAAACCAGUUGAUAAAUCAAUUAACAAGAUCGGUCAUGGUUUACAUAUUUUGGAUAAAAAUUUCAAAAGUAUAACCAUUAAUUCAACCAUAAGUGAAAUUUGCACCCAGUUAGGUUAUAGAGAUCCCAGGGCGUUACAAAGCAUGGUUAUCAUAAAACAACCUGGAAUAGGUAACGAGGUUCCCCCGCACACGGAUUCGGAAUUUCUUUAUACGAAUCCUGUUACGUGUCUUGGAUUCUGGUUUGCUUUGGAGAACUGUACUGCAAAAAAUGGAUGCUUACAGAUUAUUUCAGGGUCGCAUAAAAUGCAUACUUUGAAGAAAAGAUUUGUCCGAGACACGGAAAAAGGUGGAACUAAGUUUGUUCACGUUAAUGAGCCUUUGAAAAACUGGAAUUCAAAUGUUGAUCAUGAAAAGGGAGAAAAUUCAUGGCAAAAAUCAUCAAAAUAUACGAAUGUCGAGGUUCCUGCAGGAAGUUUGGUUUUGAUUCAUGGAAAUUUGGUCCACAAAUCAGAUAGAAAUAAUUCCCAGACCUCGAGAAAUGCAUAUGUAUUUCAUGUUUUGGAAGCAGAUUCAAAAUAUGACGACUUGAAUUGGUUACAGAUCCCGUUUGAUAAUCCGAGUGGUACUGAUAACUUUACUAGAAUAUCUGAAAGGUAA